AUGACCGUACGGGGACAAAGAGGGACGGGAAAGACUCAGAAAUACCCGACUGUUCCGUGGCAAGGUACUGACACAAGAAACCGGUGGCAGAAACGUUGUCAGAAGCAAUAUCAUAGCGAGCGUGAAGAAUAUGCGUCUCCCUCCUCUCUGCUCUGUCUCCCUCUCCCUCCUCUCGGCUCCCUGCUCUCCCUCUCCCUCCUCUCGGCUCCCUGCUCUCCCUCUUCCUACUCUCUGAUAUAUCGCCCUCUCUCUCCUCUCUGCUCUCUCUCCCUCUGCCUCCUCUCUGCCUCUGCUCCCUCUCUCUCUCUUCCUCCUCUCUGCUCUCUCUCCCUCUGCCUCCUCUCUGCUCCCUGCUCCCUCUCUCUCUUCCUCUUCCUCCUCUCUGCUCUCUCUCCGUCUUCCUCUUCUCUGCUCUUUGCUCCCUCUCUCUCUUUAUCUUCUUCUCUAUCUCUCUCUUCCUCUUAUGCUCCCCUCUCUUCCUCUUCCUACUCUAUGCUCUCUGCUCUCUCUUGUCUUCUCCUCUCUCUCUCCACCUCUGCUCUCUUCCUCUGUCUCUCCCGUCUUCCUCUUCUCUGA